AUGGAAUAUGGGCCGCACAAGCCGUCAAUCGAAAUUCAAAAGAAAUGGCGUAAGAAGUGUAGCAGUAGUGUUAACAGAUCAUUGUCGAAUUGCCAGACAUGUGAGCGAGAAGAGCUGAUUAUGGAAUAUCUAUUAAGCGAUAGAAAAAGAACCACAAAUAGCUGUCAAGGGUUCCUUGAAAACAUCUCGAAGGUUGCACAACUGCUCAGCUCGCUGGCAACGGACUUGGAUAUUAUGCUCAAUGACCUGCGCUCAUCGCCAGGGUCGAGACUACUGCCGCCCACACAUCAUUUACAUCAGCGCAGUGCUUCCAACUCAUUAACUGCCUCAUCACCGUUAACUGUUGGCGGCGCAGGUGGUGGCGGCAAUGCGGGUAGUGCCACCGGGCAGACAACAACCGGCUAUCUGCACAGCGCUUUGCGGAGCAACCACAGUAAUCAAUUUGGCCAGCAGCAAGCGGCAAAUGCACAACGCCAAACAACGCACGUGCAACCGGAGAAGCGACAACAACAACUGCAACAGCAGUCUAAGCAAGCAGCCAAAGUGCAAGUAAUACCAGCUGCGGCCACAACAACAAUAACAACCACAACGGCAGCUACAUCCUCCAUACCGCAACGUUAUAAUCGCUAUCAAUACCACAACCAACAACAACAGCAACAUAAGCCAGCGCAAACGCAUCGUUGUUGCGCCUCGGCGGCAAAUGCUUGCAAUCAAGCGAAAAAUCGCACUGCAACAACAACUAAAACAGCAAUUGGCACAACUACGUUAACCGCCACAGCCUCCUCCUCGAAGGCAGCUAAAACCCAAACAACAACAACAACCACAAUAACCAACAGCACAACGCGUUAUCAGCAGCGCCACAAUCCACAUGCCACAAACAGGUUGCACACGUCCACAGUCACUGCCGCGAGCUCCACGACGACUAGCGUUGGACACCAAAUGACCGCCGGUGGCGGCGAUACCAGGUACAGCGGAUGCGAAUCGGCGGCAACAGCCGGAAAUGUUGUGCCACUUGCUGAUGACGACGCCGCUGCUGUUGCAACGCAUUGCAGUGGUCUGUCCGCCGAGCAAUAG